UUUAAAUGGGACUUCAAUGCCAGCCAUGUCUAUGGUAGCAGUUAGCCAAACAUUGCUGUGUGCGAAUGAUGCUCUUGACAAUGACACUAAUCUGUUUCCAUUUUAAACGGCAAACGAUCCACACCGAAAUAUGAAGUAAAACAUCGGUCCCUGAAUCACUGCAACGUGCUCGGCGUGUAAGCAAUAAUGGGAUGCUUCAGGGUUUUCCUGCAGCGUAUAAGACGCAAAAUGAAGCUGGACCUGCUCAGAGAUCUGGGUCGACAGUAUCCAGUGUUCUGCUUCCUGCUGCUGGCCCUCCUCCUGUCCACAGUGCUAUUAAACAGAUACAUUCACAUCAUCAUGGUAGUUUGGUCCUUCCUAGCUGGUGUUGUUACUUUCUACUGCUCCCUGGGGCCUGAGUCUCUGCUGCCAAACAUCCUAGUAAACAUCAAGCCAAAAAUAAAGUCCUACCAGCAGGAAUUGUUUCCACUGGGCAGCAGCUGUGCUGUUUGUGGGAAGAUCAGGUGCAAAAGGCACAGGCAUACUUUACUACUGGAAAACUACCAACCAUGGCUUGAUCUCAAAGUUUCCUCUAAGGUGGAUGCUUCUCUUUCAGAGAUUCUGGAACUUGUCCUUGAAAACUUUGUGUAUCCUUGGUAUAGAGAUGUGACGGAUGAUGAGGCAUUUGUGGACGAGCUGAGGGUGACUUUACGUUUUUUCGCCGCCGUGUUGGUCCGUCGAAUCCAGAAGGUUGAUGUUGCAUCUCUCAUCACACGAAAGCUCCUCAAAGUCUCCAUGAAGCACAUCGAGUUAAUCGCUAAAGCAAGGCAGAGAGUGAAGAACAGGGAGCAUCUACAACAAGCUGUCUUGGAGGAGUAUGGUCCGGAUCUUCACGUUGCCCUUCGCAGUCGCAGAGAUGAGCUUCUCUACCUCAGGAAGUUGACUGUGAUGCUCUUUCCUUACAUCCUGCCACCGAAGGCCACAGACUGCAGAUCCUUAACUUUGCUGAUAAGAGAAGUCCUGGCUGGCUCUGUCUUCCUUCCUUCAAUGGACUUCUUGGCUGAUCCUGACACAGUGAAUCAUUUGAUUUUGCUCUUCAUCGACAACUCUCCACCUGAAGAAGCCACAGAGCCAACGUCAGUGCUGGUUCCUUUUCUGCAAAAGUACUCUGACCCUCGCAGCAGAAAGCCUUCAGUCCUGAAGCUGGAGUUAAAAGAAAUCCGAGAGCAGCAAGACCUCCUCUUCCGUUUCAUGAACUUUUUGAAGCAAGAAGGAGCCGUCCACGUGCUCCAGUUCUGCCUUGCAGUGGAGGAGUUCAACGACAGGAUACUGUGCCCAGAGCUCCCUGACUCUGAGAAGAUGAUGCUCCACGAGGAGGUGAAGAAGAUCUACGAAACCUACUGUUUAGACGAGAGCGUCGACAAGAUCCGUUUCGACCCCUUUAUUGUGGAAGAGAUACGUAACAUUGCGGAGGGCCCAUAUGCAGAGGUUGUGAAACUUCAGACCAUGAGAUGCUUGUUUGAAGCAUAUGAACACGUCCUCUCCCUUCUGGAGAACGUUUUUACGCCCAUGUUCUGCCACAGUGAUGAGUACUUCCGCCAGCUUCUGAGAGGAGCUGAGUCCCCUGCCCGGAAUUCCAAAAUGAGCAGUUCCUGGGACUGGAGCCCCGAGUCCCCAUCCUCACAGUUCACCGCCUCUGGCAGCUCUUCACCUGCAUCUUUUAACUCCCUUCAUGCGCAGUUAACAACUUUCCCAUACGGCUCGCUAUCUCACCGCCACUCCUUAUCGCCCAAGAGCACGUCAAAGAGAGGCGAGUCCUUUGGGAUCAGCCGCAUAGGCAGUAAGAUCAAGGGGGUUUUCAAGAGCACAACCAUGGAGGGAGCCAUGCUGCCAGCUUAUGAGAUGGUGGAGGGAGAGGAUGAUUUGGUGGAGGAAGCCAUGAUGGUGCUGGAGGAUGACUCCCCGAUAGAGGCAGCCUCCACGCCCAGCACACCCCGUAACCUCUCUGCCUGGAACAUCACUAUCCCGUACAUAGAUUUCUAUGAUGAUGACGUGAAGAGGGAGAGGAUUCCGGUGUUCUGCAUCGACGUGGAGCGGAACGACCGCAAAGCAGUAGGCCAUGAGACUGAGCAUUGGUCUGUAUACAGGAGAUACCUGGAGUUCUACGUUCUCGAGUCAAAGCUAACCGAAUUUCAUGGAUCCUUCCCAGAUGCACAGCUGCCUUCCAAGAGAAUCAUCGGUCCCAAGAAUUAUGAGUUCCUCACAUCCAAGCGUGAGGAGUUUCAGGAGUACCUUCAGAAACUCCUGCAGCAUCCCGAGCUGAGCAACAGCCAACUCCUGGCAGACUUCCUGUCCCCGCAUAGUGUGGAGUCUCAGUUCCUGGACAAGAUGUUGCCUGACGUAAACCUUGGGAAAAUCAUUAAGUCAGUCCCCAGCAAACUGAUAAAGGAGAAAGGGCAGCAUCUGGAGCCCUUCAUCCAGUCCUUCUUCAACUCUUGUGAGUCCCCCAAACCUAAACCCAGUCGCCCCGAGCUCACCAUCCUGAGCCCCACUUCAGAAAACGAUAAAAAGCUCUUCAAUGACCUCUUCAAAAACAAUGCCAACCGGUCCGAUAUAGCAGAGAAGAGGCACAACCAGAACUACUUCAUGGAAAUCCUCACCGUCGAUGGGGUGUACGACUAUUUAAUGUAUGUGGGCCGUGUUGUCUUCCACAUUCCUGACUGGUUGCACCACCUUUUGAUGGGUGGCAGGAUCCUAUUCAAAAACACCUUGGAGGCCUACACAGAUUACUACCUUCAGCAGAAACUCAACCAGGUGGUGGAAGAGCAUCGGCUCGUCUCCCUCAUCACCCUGCUGAGAGAUGCUGUUUUCUGCGAGAGCAGUCCGCCUCGCUCGGCUCAGGAUAAGCAGAGGAGAGCAAAGAGGACAUUUGCAGAGAUGAUGAGAUACAUUCCAGACCUUCUGGGGAAAUGUAUCGGAGAAGAGGCCAAGUAUGAAGGUGUAUGUCUUCUCUUUGAUGGGCUGCAGCAGCCAGUUGUCAACAAGCAGUUGACCUACGUUCUCUUGGAUAUCACCAUUCAAGAACUUUUUCCUGAGCUAAACAAGUCGAAACCGGGCUUGAUGUGGUGAAACCACGGGCGUGGGUGUGCUGCGGAUAGCACCGACGCUAGCUAGCUCGUUAGCUAGUAGCGGCGCCGGCACGGUCUCCUUGUCUCUGGUGUCAGUCGACAUUUUUACCCACGUCGAGGGUCACCAAAUGUGGGGAUGCGGUUCACAAGACAGGAGCGCAGGUGCAGAAGGAGUCUUCCGUCAAUGCUCCAUGGAUGUAAACUGGUACUGCAAAACAAAAACAUACUUAUAAACACUAUUAAUGCACUUUUACUUUUACUUUUUGUCCGGCCGUACAGUCUGUAUACUUUAUUAUGUAAAAUAAAAAUAUAUAUAACAGUAUUGCACUUGCAAGUCAAAAAUGUUGAAGAAUUAUACUUCACUCUAACGGUGAAUCGAUGUGUGAGAAAAGUAAACCCUGGCGUAAUCAACACAAAAGCAACCAAUAUGACACAAAUCAUUGACUAAAAGUUGCUCAAACUGUAUUACAGUCAGAAUAUUAAUCCAAUAUUCAAACUUGUCACAGCUCUUCAUAAACUAAUAUUUGGUAACAUAAAAUACGAACCUCUCCCACAAUUACUCAGCAAAUGGACUAAAGCAAAUAUUUAGAAUUGUUUUAUUUAUAAAACAUAUAUUUGACGAGUCGUAUGAUAGAGAACAUGAUUUAAUACUAAAAUGACAUUGGACAUGGUUUUAUGGCGAGUCAUAACGUAACACAAUAUAUACAGUACAGGCCAAAUGUUUGGACACACCUUCGCACUCAAUGCGUUUUCUUUCUUUUCAUGACGAUUUACAUUGUAGAUUCGAAAUAACUGUAAAUAUGUGUUAUAUUGUAGACAUACAGUAUACUUUAUGUCUUAUCUUUUUUGAUAGCGCUGCAAACCGUUGGUGUUCCCUCAACGAGCUUCAUGAGGUAGUCACCUGAAUUGAUUUCCACUUCACGGGUGUGCCUUAUCAGGGUUACUUAGUGGGAUGUCUUGCCUUAUUAAUGGGGUUGGGACCAUGGGGUUGUAUUGUGUGUGUCCAGACCUUUGACCUGUGCUGUAGGUCAAUUCCUUUAUUUUUGCCGUAGACUGAAAACAUCUGGGUUUGGCGUCAAAAGAGCCGAGAGCAACAUUUCAGCUUUUAUUUCCGGGUAUUUACAUCUGAAUCUGAUGCACAAUUGGAACAUGUGACCGUCUGCUGUGUUCUGUCGCCCAGGUGUGUCAAUCAAAAUGUCCAUGCUCAGUUUCAGAUUGGGUAGGACAGGUUUUGUCUGUGCAGACUGCAUUUAGAGGUGAAACCAACAUGUGAUCUGCCUAUGAGUAAAUAAUGCGAAUGUGAGAGAAGAUGGAAAAUCAGUUCGAACCGUAGCACAAACAUUGGUCAUUGGCGUACAGCCAUUUAGAAUGUCCUGAAGAAGAAAGAAACCCUUGGUAUACUAAGUAAUAGACGUCAAAUAGGUGGAACAAGGAAAACAUCAGCAGUUGAAAUUCACCAGUCCGUAAUACUUGUGUCUCAAGCAUUUUUUUAGGCUCAUCUCUGUACUUUUUAUUGAAUUCUGGCCUGACCUUCCUAUUCUUGCUCAUGAGUGGUUUGCAUCUCCUGCUGUAGCCAUUGUACUUUUGUUCAUGAAGGCUCUUGCUGAUGUCGCUAACAGUUGUUUUCGGGUCUGUCAUCAACUGCCGAUGCUUUCCUUGGUCUACCUGUUCGACGUGUGUCUGACUUAGUACACCAGCGGUUUCUUUAUUCAAGACAUUCCAAAUUGUCGUAAUGGCUAUGACCAAUGUUUGUGCUAUGGCUGACUGAUUUUCCAUCGUUUCACAUAUUUGCAAUUGCUUAUUUUUCCACCAUAGACAGGAUUUCAUGCUGUUUGCACCUCUAAAUUCAGUCUGCACAGGCACAACCUAUCCUGAAAGUAGAUAUCCAGUGCUAUUUAUUGAAUGGCUAAGCAAUGUAAUAGGACACACCUGUCAGUCACAUGUUGCAAUGCAAUACCUUUGCUCUCAUGAAAAAUGGGUGGGUUCAAAAUAAGGUGCUAUCUUCUAAGUUAUGCAUCUUAGCCAGACGUACUGUAAACGCCAUUGAUAUCAAACCCAAAAUGUUUUCAGUCUCCAGCAUAAAUGAAUUGUCCUCACUGUUCCAAUAGUCCUGGAGGAGACUAUUUUAAAAGCACUUAUGUUACAAAAACGACUUUGAUGGCUCGAGAAGAUCAAGGAUCAGCAAAAUACGCAAGGAAGGACUGGAUUAAAAUACCAUUGUAUCUUAAUCAUCAUAAUGCAAUGUUAUUUACUGGCUAACUUGGGUCCUUUUUCUCAUAAAUUGUAGGCUUGGUGGCCCAUAUGGUCCUAGUUAGCAUAAAUCAACACCCACCAAUGCUUUAUAAGAGACCAGAGCAUGCAAACACACAAACUGAAGGUUUGAGUGGUACAGCGCAGGCUUGGCAACUUGGUGUCAAAAUAAUACAUACUUGGUGUAAAUAAACAAAUACGUCCCACUUCGAACACAAGAAAUGUAAGGAGCAUAUUUAAUGAACCAGACCCGACGUUUCCCUUGCUGGCUAUUGAAUUUCCCCUGAGACUAAAAACGUAUCCGAGUCUCCUAGCCGUCUCAUCAUCACAGUGUCAGAGUCAGACAUAAACUCAACAGCAGUAAGCAGAGGCUUUGGGCUGCAAGUGCCGCCGAGUUCCUGAACUUGAUCCGACCUUCCACCGUUGGAUAGAUGCGCUUCAUGUCGGAGAUGUAUUUGGAUAAAACCGAAAUGUCCAUAUCGCCUGCAAGGCAAAAACAAGCAAGUCAUUUAAAAUAACUUCACAACUGCACACUACACGGUUUAAAUGAGGCUUUCCACACUCGGGUAAGGGUCAUGGGUCAGUUUUUGUUGGGUCCCCAAUCGUCCAAAAAGUAAAAUUUCAACUUUUUAUUUAUCAUGGUGCAAGCACACAAUUUUAUUGGCCAAAGGUUUGUGUUUUUUAAAUGAAUCAAUGUCUGCUCUUCUAUGUUAUUAGGUUAUGUCAGUAUAAUGGCAAUGCAUAAUCUUAGCAAAGUUAGCAAAAACCUGCUCUAAAUAAAUAAAUUGGAUUUGUUGUUUUAUAAAGCCGAAAUGAAUUGGUAUCCUGCAAACAAAGACCCCCAAAUAAGAGUGAUGCUGAGGGAAAGAAAGAGUGAGUCUUUGGUAGAGAUCUGUACAAAAAGUAAAGCGCUUCACUGCUGUAAAGUAUAUUUUACUGCACCUGCCCCACAUUUGUUAAAACAGUCAACAAAUGCAGUGCAAUAUUUUUUCCCUUUAAAAUGCAUUGAAUUUGUCAAAAAUAAAUAAUACCCCGCUAAAAAAAUCUGGAAAAAAUAGUUCAUAGGACACCUAAAGCAUAGAACUAUUCACCUGUCCGAGCUUUGUGAACACAAGCAGUGCAGAAAAUGCUGCUUUUUGUCCCUAAAAUGAGUUAUUAGAUUAACUUAAAGUAUUCUUCAGCUUUUUGUAUGAAAUCCUAUACAUUUUUGGUGAGAAAAGCACAGCCUCCUUUGGGGUCUUGUGUUAAUUUAUUUGGGUUUAUUUAGGAAUUCUGGAGUUAAAUCCACAUUUGUGUCUUCAGCACUUCCCAAUUUGGUUUCCAGGUAGUCAGCACCUUGCAUUCCCUUGUGUUCUCCCACCUGUGUCUUCUUGUAUCAUUAAAUGGCUUCUCUUGAAUUGCUUGGUUUCUAGACGUUAGCUGUUUGUCUUAUUCAGUUGUUUCACGCCUGUCUUGCGUGACUUUCACUUGGUAAUUUUCCAUUUUUUC